UAUUAAAAAUAGACUUGUAAGUAGAGCAUUAACUAUUGUAGAUAAUACAUGUCGAUAGAAAAGAGUAAAUACAACUUACGAUACAGGCUUCGACACAUGACACAUUAUCUAUCAGCAUCACAUAUUUUAAAGUGGCUUGUUAGCCUACUUCUAAAUAAUAAAUGUCCUGCUUUUUGUCACAGCGGCACAUUAAAGUUUGUGAAGUUUAUUUAGGAAAUAGUUUCGGUGAACUAUUUUGAGAUGGUCUCCAAUUUUAAACUCUCACAUGCAUAUCUUCAACCAGAUAAAAACGGUAUUCAGGGCCGUCAAUUUGAAUAGGUCCAAGAGGCAGCUAAACAAUGUCGUCGAUCUUUUUGGUCUUCAUGACACCCUUCUUUCAGUCAGUUAACAUCUGUUAUCCAUUCUGUCAUUCAAGCAAGUUUUGGAUGUGUAGCCUGACGUCAACCAUGAUCCACAUCCACUUCGAUUAACGGGGACGAGUAUAGAGGCACAGAGAGCGCGCCGCGUUGCACACAGCCUACAGUGAAUUGUAGAGAAGUCUUCAGUGAAUAGCGGAGCCACUGGGAAACCCACGCUGCAAUCAAGUCCGCUCGAACAGCAGCUGGUUUACAACAAAAAAGCAAUCUCCAGGAACAGCACAUGAGGUGAGUUUUUAAAUGAGGAAUGAAUAUACAUGUUAGACAUAACAUGUAUAACUUUUAUAAAUGUUAGGAAGCCUCUCGCUCUAAAAUUUUUUGAAUUAAAUUCCUUAUGUCAAAACAAAAUACAUAUUCUGGCUCAGCUGUAGGCUAAGUCUACAAUCAUUUAGCUGAAAUUCAAAACAGUCUGUUUAUAAGAAUCAUUGCCAGUUAAACAUAAUAUAUUUGGCUGUGAGUUUCUAAGGAGCAGGCUCCAGAUCCAGUCAAAUUAAGGUUCCAUUGUUCACUAUGGAUGGCAUUGACAGUCUGACAAAAACGGAUUUUGUCAGCAUUUGGGUUCGUGAUCCCAAGCUACACAAAGAGGAUUUCUGGCACACGCACGUAGACUAUGAGAUCUCUUUACAUACCAAUAGCAUGUGUUUUAGGAAGAAGACUUCUUGUGUGAGGAGGAGGUACAGCGAAUUUGUUUGGCUCAGACAGCGUCUGCAAGACAACGCUCUGAUCAUAGAACUACCCAAACUGCCUCCCUGGAACCCUUUUUUCAGUUUCAGCAACCCCAUACAGGUCAGCCAGAGGAUGAAGGGCAUGCAGGAGUUUCUAGAGCUUGUUCUUCAAACGCCACUCCUGCUGUCUGACAGCCGCCUGCACUUGUUCCUGCAGUCCCAGCUUAGCAUGGCCAAGAUGGAGGCCUGCGCCCGGGGCCAGACACGCUACACGGUGGCAGAGGCCAUCCAGAAAUGGAUGGACUGUCACACCCCUCACUGCCCUGCACAGGAGGUGGAAAAGGCCUUCUGCGAUUCCACUUGUGAAAGCACAACAUCAUCAGGUCUUGGUCACAGCAUGGACAACCUUCAGAGCAGCAGUUCUCCAGUGGACUGUGAUCCGAGCACCACAGAAGCAACGCUCUUUAGCUGCCUGUCAAAGUCUCCGUGCCACCAUGACGUCAUUCAUCCCUGACUAUAACCGUGCGCACACAAAUGCAUGCACAUGGGUAUCCAGCGCACACUUUUCUUCAGAUACCCUGAACAAAGUCUCCUGUAUGUGAUUUGCGUGUGUUAGCUCAAAAGACUACAAGUAGCUACUUGUGCAAGUUGAGUAAUUUGAGUCCUGGAGUUUUCAGAAGACACUGCUGAAGGACAGACAUUUUAACUUAGUUACUGUUUGUUAGUAUACAUUUCCCCCAGAUCUUACUUAAUGAAAUGGCUGAUACAUUUAGUAAUAAUAGGUCUUAAUGAAUGAAGAAUAAUUCAAAUGUUAUGGAAUGGUGAGGUGCUAGGAUAAAUCCUUGUCUGUUUAAUGUUAUAAAGAAAUAGGCCUGUUCCUGUUUAAAAAAAGAAUCCAAUUUUAUCAUGAAUACCUAUGUUAACCUGCAGAGCAGCAAUACUGGGAAAUAUUCUUAAAUAUUACUUUGUUUGUAUUUUUAUGUUAUAAAGCAAAGGGACACAAGGACAAUGUUGUAGCUGGGC